UGCGCUAGCAGGCCACCACAAAGGCAUUGCCGAUGGAGAACCUGCCGGAAACAUUUUACGUGGACCCCACAUGGGGAACGCCGCCGAUAACCACCGCAUUCGCCGCCGCACGCCUGUCGGAGCCCUCGCCGGAGGAACUGUUGCUCCUGCUUCACCGCCCUUCUCGCCGUGAGGAUGCCUUGUCGGUUCUCGUUACGAAGCGAGAAACAUGGGAGGAUCUACCUUUGUUGCUGUGGAAUUCAUUCAACACGGUAUUUAUACUACUACAGGAAGUGAUGUCAGCAUACAAGAAGUUAGCUCCCUCAAAGAUGACCGCCAGAGAGUCUACCCGUGUUUGCAAUGCCAUUGCACUAUUUCAGUGCAUAGCUAGUCACCCGCAGACAAGGAUGGAAUUUGUCAAAGCUAAGAUAACAUUUUAUCUUCACCCAUUUCUUGCAAUAACUGCCAAUGGCGAUAAGCCUCUAGAGUUGUUGAGGCUUACUAGUUUAGGUGUAUUUGGCGCCCUAGUGAAGUCUGAGGAUGGAGAUGGGAAACAAAUUGUCCAUUUUCUUCUAAAAUCUGAGGUCUUCCCCAUGUGCCUACGUUGCAUGGAUCUUGGUGAUGAACUUACUCAAACUGUUUCAGCACUGGUGAUUGUGAAGAUAGUGAUGGAAGAGGAGGGGCUGAGGUACUGCAGCGGGUACGGGGACCGGUUCUUCUCAUUGGUGCAAGUAUUGGGACGAGUUGUGGAAAAACUCCCUGAGAGGCGUCCCAGUUUGUGCUUAUUGAGACUCCUCAUUCGCUGUUACCUGAGGCUCUCCCAGGCUCCAAGGGCAACGGAUGCCUUCAAGAACUGUAUCCCUGCAAGAAUGACCCAGGAGAAAUUCAUCAACUUUCUUCGUGAAGAUCCACAGAGUGCAAGGAUGCUGCAACAGCUAUUCCUCAAUGUCACAACCCGCCAGAUCGAAUAGACAAAAAAGAAAGGCCGCUUGCAUUGAACUAUAUAUAAUAUCUAAGGCUUGCUUUAUUCUAUGUUGUGGGUGGUGUUUUACCAUGAUGGAAUGCCAUGCAGACUGUUUUCAGUUAAGGGAUUUAUGGUGUAUUGUAACAUUAAACAUUGUAUUAUCCUAUGUAAUGAAAUCAUAAGGUUGAG